AUGGCUAUCCAGAGUUCAGUACCUACUUUUGUUGGCGCUUUGGCUUGCCAAAGAAACCCCUUUUUGUCUAAGGAAUUCAAAACGAUCGUGCUAUCAUGCGAACCUACCAAGAAAAAAGCGCAGUAUUUAGUUGAAUUAAAGGACACCAUAUUAUUUCCAGAAGGAGGUGGUCAGCCGAGCGAUUCUGGCAACUUCCUUGUCCCAUCGACUGGCGAGAAAUUGGAUGUAUUUAAAGUUAGCAGAAAUGGCCUACAUGCGAUGCAUCAUGUAAACGGCUUCAUAAAGCCUGGUACUGAAGUUGAAUUGAAUUUGAAUUGGGCACAAAGAUUAGAUUAUAUGCAGCAACAUACCGGACAACAUCUCUUGAGUGCAGUAUUAGAAAAAGAAUGGGGUCUUUCAACUGUUUCCUGGUCGAUGGGUGGUGUUCCCACGGACAAGAAACCAAUAAUAGAUCCGUCUGACGUAUUUAACUACGUUGAAUUAAACAGGAAACUGACGGACGAUGAGAUUUCUCGUCUUUCCGUUUUAUGCAAUGAAUACAUUACAAUCAAUCCUCAAAAAAUUUCGGUGGUUGAGAGAACUGCUGACAUACAGGUGAACUCUGAAGUAGACGCCUCAAAGAUCCCAGACGAUUAUGACUUGUCCCAGGGCAUUUUGAGAACAAUCUACAUUGGUGACCUAGACGCAAAUCCUUGCUGCGGUACCCAUUUAACAUCUACUACACAAUUAGGCUCCAUUUUAGUUCUACGUUCGCAAACUAGUGUGAGAGGAACUAACUCCAGACUAUACUUUACCUGCGGAUCGCGUGUUUGGAAGUAUGCGAGUUUCGCAAACACGGUCCUAACUUUAUCAAAAGGACUUUUAUCAUGUGGUGAAGCAGACAUUCCAAACAAAGUCGAGCUGCAACGCGAUCUUGUUCAAAAAACAUCAAAGAAGGAGCAAUACUGGAUGAAAGAGGUGGCUCUCUCGGAAACGGAGGCUCUAAUCAAAUCUAUCGAAACAUCGGGACAAGGAUUUGUGGUACGUGAUGAAAAUGGGGGACUCGACUAUUUAACUCAGAUUAACAAAGAUUUGACAUCCAAGUUAUCAUCAAGAGGCAUAACAGACUAUAAGGUCAUCUUGUGUGGCAGGGACAAACACUUAAAUAGUGGUGUUAUGAUGAUAUUAUCCAAUUCUGGAGAAGAGAUCGCUUCCAUUGCUGCUUCUUUAACCGAAAUAGUCUCUACUUUAAAAGGAGGAGGAGGUAAAAAAGGUGGGAAAUGGCAAGGGAAAAUUUCGGACUUCAAAAAGGGUGAGUGGGAAAGCUUAGUAAAUUACCUUGAGGCUGAAUUUUAA